AUGUUCGCAACCAAGCGUCUGAGCAAGGAGCUCUUGAAGAUGAAGGACCAUGUCCCGCCUGGAAUCGAGAUUGUCAAGAGCGAUAAUCUCGAAGAAUGGCAGAUGGACAUCAAGGUUCUCGACGAGAACCCUCUUUACCAGAACCAAACAUAUCGUCUGAAGUUCAUGUUCAGCAGCAAAUACCCCAUCGAGCCUCCAGAGGUCCAAUUCAUUACAUGUGACGCUUCUACCGGCCAUCCCCGCACGAUACCAAUGCAUCCCCAUAUCUACAGCAACGGCAUCAUUUGCCUCGAUCUCCUCGGGUCGGCCGGCUGGUCCCCAGUCCAGACCGUCGAAAGUGUCUGCAUGAGCCUCCAGAGCAUGCUGACCGCCAACAACCGUGAUGAGAGACCCCCCGGUGACCAAGAGUUCAUCACUCACAACCGCCGCCGUAUCCGCGACAUCAACUUUGUCUAUGAGGAUGACAACGUAUGA